AAUGAAAUGAGUCUUCUCGUUUAAGAAGAACGCCUCGACCAUCACAAAUAUAUGGGUUCCUCUAUUCUCAUCCUCUUUCUCUCUCUCUUUCUCUCUCUCGUUCUUUGUCACCUUCCUUUGCCUUGCAACGCAACCCUUCAGAAAACAAAUCGUUUCAGAACAGAGUUCCUUCAUCAACCCUCUCCCAAUAAUAAUGCCUCCAUCACUCGUUAUUUCGAAGUAACAAAACCCAUUGAACUACCUAAAACAAAACCUUGUUCUUACCUCAUUCUUCAGCAUGAUUUCGGAUACACAUAUGGUAAGUCCCCUGUUCUUGCUGAAUACAAACCACCAUCAAAUUGCCCAUCUCAGGAUUUCUCCAAAAUCGUCAUUGAAUGGAAAGCCACUUGUAAAGGGAAGCAAUUUGAUCGCAUUUUUGGAAUUUGGUUGGGCGGCGUCGAGAUUCUCCGUAGCUGCAGUGCAGAGCCUAGAGCUAACGGCAUUGUCUGGACAGUCGAGAAGGACAUUACAAGGUACCUUUCAUUGCUUAAGAAUCCUCAAACACUUGCUGUUUAUCUGGGUAACCUUAUUGAUCAAACCUAUACUGGAAUCUACCAUGUCAAUAUAACAUUCCAUUUCUAUCCUGCGGAAGUACCCCACAGUCCCCUUAACAGGGAUUCUGCGAAUUCGGUUUCUGGCUUUGAUUUUCCUGCUGAUUUGGUGCUACCCAUCUCAAGAAACCUUCCUCUGAAUGAUGGAUUGUGGUUUUUGAUUAAUAAUUCAACGGAUGUACAGAAGAAGAAGUUCAAAAUUCCUCGAAAUGCCUAUCGGGCUGUUCUGGAGGUGUAUGUUUCGUUUCAUUCGAAUGAUGAAUUCUGGUAUACCAAUCCUCCCAAUGAUUAUAUAAAAGCAAACAAUCUGACAGAUGUGCCUGGAAAUGGCGCUUUUAGGGAGGUUGUAGUUGGUCUCGACGAAAGGGUUGUUGGUGCUGUCUGGCCUUUCACUGUGAUUUUUACUGGAGGAGUAAAUCCUCUCCUAUGGAGGCCUAUCACUGGGAUUGGCUCUUUCAACCUCCCUUCCUAUGACAUUGAGAUUACGCCUUUCCUUGGUAAGAUGUUGGAUGGGAAUGACCAUAGUUUUGGGUUUAGUGUAACAAAUGCUCUGAGUGUUUGGUAUAUAGAUGCGAAUUUGCAUGUCUGGUUGGAUAGUAAGAGUGAGAGGACUAGGGGAAAGCUUAUAAAACACAAAAGCUCACAUCCUCAGGUCUCUCUGGUUUCACAUUUUAAAGGUGGGAAUGGAUCUUUUCUUAUCAAUGCAAGAAGGUCUAUUGUUUCAAAAGGAUGGGUGAAGUCCUCCCAUGGGAAGGUCAAGACUUAUUCAUUCCAAGAUUUUAGUUUCAUGAACUCAAUGCAAAUGAAAGAGCAUGUAGAUUUGCCGACUAUGUCUCAAGUAAUUGAAGCCAAUAGAAGUGUUAUUGCAAAGCAUACUUCUUCUUCUUCUACAUAUUAUAUCAAAUCAAAGCAGAGGUUUCCUUUUUAUUUGUCCGGAGACAAGGUGAACCGAGGAAAUGGCAGUUUUACUUCACUUGCAAACCUCUCAUUGGGAUUUAAUGAAGACAAAUUUUCUGGUACCCACUUUGGUUUCUCUAACAGCUCUCUCGGAAACUUGCAGAAUGGACAGGGAAAUAUGCUUGUAAAGGAAAACAAGGUAAUCAGUGGGUUGGGAAGUACUCAGCAAGUAUAUGCCUAUGAUGGUAAUAAAGAAUGCUACUUCAGGAAUGUGAGCAGUAAAAAUUUCACUGUUCUUUAUGAUAAAAAAAGAGAUCAUUGUGAUUGAAUAUCUUCAACUGGCUUAGGCUUUAGAUUUGACUAGAUGUUGGCCUUUCGAGCAUCUGAAUUGGAGUUAAAGGCGGUUGGCUUGGAUUCAGCUGAUGCUCUACUUGCUCCAUAAGUUGAGAAUUACUGGCUCCAUGUAUAAAAGGAGUUUUGGGCAGUGACAUCAUAGUAAUGAGCAUGUAAUAGAUAAUCAGGAAUAGUUACUUCUCCUGGAUAUGUAUAAUUCUGUCUCUGGUAUUUGAUCAACUUGCUUCUUUCUUAA